AUGACAUUCCACCUAGCCUACGCGGUGGACUUGUGGAUGCGCCAUGACAGGCGUCGGCGAGAGUGCGGCCUUGACAUCCUCCAUCGGUUUGAUUUCUCUUCUUUCAGCUUGCCAGAGAUCUGUGCGAUGAGCGCCCUUGGUAGUGUUCGAGGCUGCCGGCCCCUCUUUGCCAAGAUCGUUUCGUCGGUGGCCAAGGUGGUGGAGCAGACAAAAGAGUGCAUACCAGUCACCCUGAGGGUUUGGAGUCAGGGACAGGCUGGGAAUUGGACGGCGCAGUCGUCUGGUUGGUACUUUCUUUUGGCCAGGGGACAAAGGGGUAGUUCGUGGCUCAGCAUUAGGGGUGGCCGAGGCGCCAUAGUUGGCGGUGCUUACUUCAUGCAGGAAGGGGAUAAACUGCUGGUGAGCGCCGGUGGGACAUCCCACACAGGGAUCCCAGUGGUCGACAGUGCUGCACGGACUGGGUCUCGGCACCAUGCACAUGGCAAACAACAUGUUUAUGGUGGAGAUGCGAGCUACAUUGUGUCCAUGCCUGCCGCCGCAAAGGCGAAGUCACCAAAAGUCCUAUUGGUCGCUGGGGGUGGUGGUUGUGCUUCCGCACAUCGCGAAGGAGGGCAGGCAGUGUUGGAGGAGCCGGCGGACACCAGCGGGAGGACUGAAGGGGGUGCAGCAUUGGAAGGAACAAUGGCUGGCAUACGCGAUAAUGCAACUGGGAUGAGCUAUAGGGACGUUGCGGAGCUGGGGCAACCAAUGCAGGGGGGAACAGGCACCCAGCCGAGCUGGUGUGAUUCACGCAAGCUCCCCAGUGGGGCUGGCUAUGCUGGGGGUCAGGCAUCCUUGCAAAGUAUCUUUGCGCCUUCUACUGGAGGCUCCUGCUUCAUUGAUUCGGGUUUUAGGCAGGUUCUCAAAACUCACAGCUUCGCGAGUGGCUGUGAAAUUCAAAUCUCCAGUUGCUGUUUGAGAAUGCCGACCUUUGAUGCACCUGCUUCCAGCUGCAAAGGGCGUGUGCGCACGGUUCUCUGA